AGAUGGACCCAACACGAAGCGAUGAACCACCGAAACCCUCCUUUCGAGACGCCGUGUACGGGACCAUCGCUUCACCCGGCUCUGCUCACGACUCUGGCAUCGAAGUGAGCCCUACCACUCCGUUGCAGCGAGGCUAUCCACCUUCUAGACGUUACUACAUCUUCCCACCAAAUAUCAACGGCCAUGGACGCAUGAUGCUCGCGCACCGCACAGUGCCGCAUCUAAUCGGAUUCGUGCUCGUAGUCGGUGUAUUUGCUUGGGGGGUAUGCUCUGCGAUAUAUGCCUACCCGCUCUUGGGUGGACACCCGAACGAUGGGAGGACGGGCGGGCCAUAAUUGAGUUUGAGCGACGGGCAUGGUCGUUUCGUAUGGGCGUAUGGCGUCUGAAGUGAGGACUGCGAUCAACGGCGUAUCUUGCUCUGCGGGCCGCAGAUCGCUGUCCAUCGAUUACCUACUUUAGUCAUGGGCAUUGCCCAUCUGUUCAUCUACAUUUGUUGUAUUUGGUAGUAUUUGAGAAGCUAGGUGAUCGAACUACACAAAGACCGUAGCCACAAGACUCAAAACGUGUAUCCCCUUAUAAC